UCCCUAAUUCCCGCUUUUCCCGGAGAUUUGGGAUGAGGGAAUGCCCAUUCCAGGCCCUGGCGAUGCCGCAGGCUCCUCCCCGCCAGGAUCGCGGCCACCUCGGGGCCACCUCGGUGCCACCAAGGUGCCACCGCUGUCCCCUCAAUGGGACGGAAUUGGCGCCUUCCCAUUCCCAUCCCAUUCCCGCAGAAUUCCCGGACGAUGCCCCCCGGCCGCUGAAGUUGGGGACAGCGACAGGGACGGACGGCGCAGGGGACAGAUGGCGACAGCGGGCAAGAGCAGCAAGGCGAAGGGGACAGGAGUGCGCUUCGCCCCCGAGGGGACCCAGGGCCACCCCAAGGAGGGGACACAGGGCCACCACCCCCAGGAGGGGACCCACGGCCACGUCCACUUCCAGGAGCAGCUGCACGACUCGGCCGUGAUGGUGACACAGGACAAGGACGGCCACUUCCUGGUCAAGGGCACAAAUCCCAGCUCUCCAGGAUUUAAUGGGGGAAUGUUUAGGAUACAAUUCCUCCUCUCCAGGUGGGAUUCCUGAAGAUCCUCCACAAGUAUGAGAUCACCUUCCUGCUGCCCCCCGUGCCCAGGCUGGGGAAGGACAUUUGUCCCCUCCCU